AGAGGGAGAGUGAGGAAGGGGCGCCAGGGGAUGGCGGAGGCAGGCAGGCAGGCGAGGCCGAGCUCCUGAAGGCAAAGGCAGCCCCUUCCCCUCCUCCUCCUCCCUUUGCAGCCUCGCCUUCUUCCCUCCUCCUCCUCCUCCUCCUCCUCCUCCUCCUUGGGCCCCGAUCCCUGGGCCAUCCAUGGCUGCCACGGAACUAGAGCUGGAGCCCGCCGCGGUGCAGCUGGAGGCCGACGAGGACGAGGAGCAGUGGCUCUACGGGGAUGACAACGGCAAGCUGGAGGAUGGACCGAUUUCUGGAAACGCAGACUCCCACCCUUUGCAGGACCUUUCCAAGAUGGGCACAAUGGUCAACUGCGAAGAUCGAGAGCUCUUGCAGCAGGUCCUUCCGAGCGGAGAGGACGACGAAGACGAUAGCGACAGUGACAGCGACGACGACGAUAUUCGGGUCACGAUCGGCAACAUCAAAACGGGGGCUCCGUCGUACAUGGGGACCCCCAUGAACCUGAACCUCAAAACGGGACGAGGCUACGGAGCACCCACCACAGCCAAGUCCCAGCCCAAAGGCAUUGAUUUGGAGGCUGCGGGGAACAUCAACGGCUUGCCUGCCAUCGAAGCGGAUUUAGAGUCCUUUGAAGACAAACCGUGGAGGAAACCAGGCGCUGACCUUUCGGAUUAUUUCAACUACGGGUUCAACGAGGAGACCUGGAAGGCCUAUUGCGAGAAGCAGCGCCGGCUCCAGCUGGGCUUGGAGUCCUCCCCUCCGGUCAGCGUGGCCGAGAAUAAGAUCACGGUCCAGCAAGGAAGGACUGGGAAUACCGAAAAGGAGCCGGAGAACAAUAUCAUCAAAAUGGAUUUCAAGACGGAUUUUGUAGCUCUGGUCGGCGGGCGGAUCAAGGCCGGACCUCCGCCAAACAGGAAGCUGGGAGGGACCAUCGAUGUCAUUGGCGGUCAAGCAGGCACCAUCCGGCGGGUGGAAGGCAGGCGGCGUGACAAGCAUGCCUCUGAGGAGAACCCCAUUCAGGUACUCGGAGACCACGGGAGCAAACCCCAGGCUCCUCCGCAGCCAUCACAACAGCCGCAGCCACCUCCGCAGCAACAGCAGGCCUUUGCACCUCCGGCGAGACCCCCGCCUCCCCUGGGUGGCCCUCCUCCGCCCCACUUUUUGCACCCGCCCCCUCCGCCUGUGGCCUCUGUCCCGCCCCCUCUCCACCCGCCAGGUUUACCACCCGCUGGCCCCAUUCCAGGGCUGUUCCCGCCGCCUCUCGCUCCACCGCCGGCGCUUUUGAUUCCAACCCUUGAUGGCCAGCCUGCCGGCUACAACAACCGUCAGCCUCCUCCCUUUGGCUACAGCUCCUCAGAUUCGGGUUUCAUCAGCUACCCUCCCAUUUCCACGUCCCACACUCCCUGGGUGACGACGGUGGACAAAGGCUCCGGCGCUUCCGACGGUUGUCACUGGGAGUAUUCCAACUCAAGGCGGGAGCGGGAAAGGGACCGGGACCGGACCCCCACCACCAGCGAAUACAACAACGAUGACGAGAGGUAUCGCUAUUACAGCAGCCGGGAGCGCAACUACGAUUUCGAGCGGGAUUAUCGGCGGAGUCGGGAUCGCAGCCGCGAGAGGGAAGACCGCCACCGGGAGCGAAGGCACAGAGACAAAGAGGAGGGCAGCAAACACAAAUCCUCGCGGCGCAAGCAACACGAGAGCGAAGAAGGGGAGACCCACCGGCGCCACAAGCACAAAAAGAACAAGCGGAGUAAGGAGGAGAAGGAGGCCAAUGAGGACGGCGUUCCAGAAGGAAAUGGACAGGACUCCAAAGAGUAGCCGAUUCCCGUUCCAAGGACAGUCGGAGCACUUCUCCAACCAGGCCGCCCACCUCCUGCAAUUUCUGAAGGACUUCUUUGUAUUUUCUGAGAAAAUAAUGGCCAAGAUGGUGGGAAUGCAGGUUGCCCUCGCAAAAGCCAAACCAGAUUUCCAGGAGAGUGAGAAAAAAAAAUGGACAAAGCACCGAACUCUUCCCUGUGCGGGCGAAACUCCGCCGUGUCAGAUCCUAUGGCUUCUGAUAGGAGACCGCUUAAGGUUCAAGUCCGGAGCAAUAUCCGAUCUUAAAGAAGACGGACAGUGAAUGCACCAUGGAGCCACUUGGAAGAGGAACGUCGAGAUGUCCGACAGCCCAUUUCUUUCCCUUACUCAUGCCUCCUCAUUUCGCUCAAGGAAAGUGAUCGUUCACCACGGGCACAGGUUUGUACGAGACGCACACUUUUACCCCGGGAACUCAACAUCCGCAGGACCUGACACGAGUUCAGUGGGCCUCCUUGCAAAACUAUUCAACGGGAACGCAAUCAUGGAAAGCUUGCCUUAAGUAGUUGAAUGCAAACUAUUUACGGUGGCUGCCAAAAGCAACCUCUUUUGGUCCAACGAGGAUCGACGUUGCCAGUUCGUACGUCACUGACACACUUUUCGUAGCCCUUCCAACACUAAGCCUAGCCAUAGUCUACGUUGUUUUUGUUUUGAAAUAAACAAGAACGCACGCUCAGACCCUGAAUACAUUAAAAACCCCACUUUGCGCGCAUCCCUUCUUUUUAAAUUAUCUUCCACCUUUUGCCGGAAAUAUUUUAAAAAAAAACACUUCCAAAAUUGGUUUGAACUUUAUAUAUUUUUUUGUUGUUAUUGUAGUCAUGCAAGUCUGAGUGUUCGUAUGAAGCUAACGAAUUUGGAAACUUGAGCCAGGAUGUCUUUCGGUUCAUACACUAUCAUGGUGCAGUGAAUGGGUCCAUAACAGGAAAACAUGUGGGAAAUAAAGCAAUUUUUUUUGAAAA